GAGUUAUCUUCUAAGCUGCUGUGAACGCGCCGCGCGUCACAGGUUUACAUAGUGAUGGAGUUUCUCAUCGGCGGUCCGUUCUCGUCUCCUGUCGGCCAGAGGAUUCAAAAAGCCACCAGUGCUGCCCUGCAGGCGGAGGACUGGAGCCUGAACCUGGAGAUCUGUGAUGUCAUCAAUGAGACUGAUGAUGGACCCAAAGAUGCAGUCAAAGCUUUAAAGAAGAGGAUUGUGGGUAACAAGAACUUCAGGGAAGUGAUGUUGGCUCUGACGGUUCUUGAGACGUGUGUGAAAAACUGCGGCCAUCGUUUCCAUGUUUAUGUUUGUGGAAAAGAGUUUGUGGAGGGGGUUUUAGUACGAGCGAUACUGCCCAAAAACAACCCUCCUAUGAUCUUACACGACAAAGUGCUGAGCCUCAUUCAGGCGUGGGCCGAUGCAUUUAGGAACACUCCGUCUCUUUCUGGAGUUGUAAGUGUUUAUGAAGAUUUGAGGCGGAGGGGACUUGAGUUUCCCAUGACAGAUCUAGACUCUCUUUCCCCUAUACACACACCUAACAGGAGUAUUCAAGAGAAUGAGAUGUCUGUGUCGCCGUCUGAUCCGAGUACAAACCUCUCCUCACCAUCGCAACAGACCCCCGUUUCACAAGAACAGAAAAUAAGAUCUGAGCUGGAUUUGGUGAAAGGAAAUCUGACUGUCAUGACUGAGAUGUUAAAUCAACUCAAACCUGGAGAAACUACAGCAUCUGAUACAGAAUUACUACAGCAGUUGUUUUCAGUGUGCAAGCAGAUGCAGCAGAGGGUUGUGGAGUUGAUUCCUAAUCUUUCCGAAGAGGAGAUGAUCGGAGAACUUCUGGUCAUGAAUGAUGACCUGAACAACAUCUUCAUCCGCUAUGAAAGGUUUGAUAGAUUAAAUAAGAUGCAGAGAGGGGAAACAGAUCAUCUGGAGGCACAGCAGACCGAUACAGGAAACCUAAUUGAUCUGAAUCCUGUGUCACCAUCAUCCAAUCACAACAAUCUCUCAGCUGCCAAUCAAGCCAAUACAGCCCACAAUCCAUCCACCAACAUAAACAGUUCAGUACAUGCAGAUAAAGAGUUUGAUAUGUUUGCUCAGACGAGAAGCAGCUCUUUGGCUGAACAGAGAAAGAGUGUUCGGUAUGAAGAUCCAGGAGCUGUUGAAGGUCUCGCUGAAGCGCUUGACACACGACUGCAGGUCACCGCAGGGGACACUGAGAGCAGCUGGAUCCGUCAGUCUCAGUGGAUUUACUGUGAGAGUCUGAUUCCAGCUCCACACAGCUCUGUUAUGGAUGAUAUUGAAAACUGGUUGACCACAGAAUCGCCGGACAUUGAUGAUGAUGAUGGUGUGACCAGCGAGGAUUUUGAUAAGUUUUUAGCCAACCGAGCAAAAGCUGCAGAUCAUCUUCCCUCUAUGAAGCAAACGUCAUCCGCAUGCGUCAGUCACUCAAGCCCUCGACAGCAAACCAGCAAACAGGAUCAGAAAGACGAUGAGCUCUUCUCUCUCUGAAAGCCUCCAUCGACUCUGAACACAACCACAGCUUUGUUACCUCAAUACUUCUAUAAAGAUUUGAUUUCAGCCUUUGGUGUGCGUGUGGCCGCUUAUGAAUUCAUAUCAGAUCUUGUGUAUUUAAUAGAAAUGUAUGUAUUCACUGAGUUAAUGUAAAAAACAUUAAAUGAUGUUGUAAAUGAGCUAUAAUCUGUUGUCAUACUUUAACUGCUUUGACAUUAUA